UUGUUUUAUUUUCGUAGGGACUGUAACUAAAAAUUUAUCCAAGUUAAACUCGAUUGCUAUUUUCCGCUAACCUACAUAAAAAAAGAUGCAUAAGGCAUAAGUUGUACAAAAUAUUUGUUUACUGGAACAAAUCGUAGGCAUUGCAAGGGCUCAGAUGUGAAUGUGCGCGUUUUUCUUUUAAAAUAAAGUGCUUGCUUGGUAAUACAACAGAGAAUCUCAUUAUUACGCGAAGAAAAGUCAACAAAAUAAUAUUCAUUUAACAUAUAAAACAAAACGCUACAGAUACAGCGAAGUAAAAAUCAAUAAUUAGAGAUCGUUCAAACGCCAGAAAGUUUAUUAAAUAUUGAUUUGGUGUUUCUACAUUAUUGUGUUAAUGACCUGACCUGACCAUUGGUGCAUACAUCGUCAUAUUUUUAAAAUUUAAAGUAUAUACUACCCCUGUGUACUCUCUAUUACGAGUAUCGGGCGGGGUAUAUAAUCACCAUAAAUAAAAAACAACAGCACCACAACAACUUACACCAAAGAUACUUACAUUUCAAGUACCGUGAAAUUCGAAUACCCAAAAGUCAUGUUAAACAGCGCAAAUAACAAUUCUCUCCAGCAUCCGGUGGCUAACUCUUCCGAAAACACCAUGAAUGGCUAUAACCGAAAGUCGCCGCAAAAACGUCGUUAUGAAAUGCCAAAAUAUGCUGUACCACCAAAAAAGAAAACAUGCAAGGAGCGGAUACCACAGCCGAAGAAUACGGUGGCAAUGCUAAAUGAGUUAAGAAACGGACUGAUUUACAAAUUGGAGUCACAGACUGGUCCGGUGCACGCACCCUUAUUUACGAUAUCCGUCGAGGUCGAUGGUCAAAAAUAUAUGGGCCAGGGACGCAGUAAAAAAGUGGCGCGUAUCGAAGCAGCAGCCACAGCCCUUCGCAGCUUUAUUCAGUUUAAGGACGGUGCCGUAUUAUCGCCAUUGAAGCCAUCCGGCAAUUUGGACUUUACCAGCGAUGAGCAUCUUGAAAAUGGUAUUGAAAAUAUUGCCAAUGGUAAAUUGGUCGAUUACAUACAGAUGAUGAUAUUGAUGUUGACCGAAAAGAAACCCAACCUUACCUCGCUUGAAACAUCCAAGUUGCCUCUUCAAAUGUUUUGCAUGAGUCAGAAUCGAGACAAAUUCAAAAAUGUCAGUAAGAGCGCCAUUACCGUCGAUGGGCAAAAGAAGGUGCCAGACAAGGGUCCCGUCAUGCUACUCUAUGAACUGUUCAAUGACGUUAAUUUUGAGUGCAUUAAUAUUGACAGUGCACAGAACAACUGUCGCUUCAAAAUGACUGUAACCAUUAACGAAAAGAAAUUCGAUGGUACCGGUCCAUCGAAAAAGUUGGCCAAGAAUGCCGCCGCGAAGGCAGCGCUCGCCUCGUUGUGCAACAUCUCUUACAGUCCGAUGGUGGUGCCACAAAAAAAUGUGCCACUCCCCAUUGAUGACAAGUCCUCGUCCAUGGAGUUGCCGCAGAUACAUGCAGAUGCGAUUGGAAGACUGGUAUUGGAAAAGUUUAUGGAGGUUAUUAAGGGCCAGGAGGCAUACUCCCGGCGAAAGGUAUUGGCGGGCAUUGUUAUGACCGAGAACAUGAAUUUUUUCGAGGCCAAAGUUAUAUCCGUUUCAACUGGCACGAAAUGUGUCAGCGGCGAGCAUAUAAGCGUCAAUGGUGCCGUUCUAAACGAUUCUCAUGCUGAAAUUGUUUCGAGGCGUUGUCUACUAAAGUUCUUGUACGCACAGCUGGAUCUUCAGUGCAAUCAGGCCACAGCAUAUCAGUCGAUUUUCGUGAGGAAUACUGAUGGGCAAUACCCUUAUAAACUAAAAUCCGGGGUACAUUUCCAUUUGUAUAUAAAUACAGCACCUUGUGGGGAUGCACGGAUAUUUAGUCCUCACGAAAACGACACAGGUGUUGAUAAACAUCCAAAUAGAAAAGCUCGUGGGCAAUUGCGUACGAAAAUCGAGUCCGGCGAAGGUACAAUACCCGUUAAGAGUAGCGAUGGCAUACAAACCUGGGAUGGUGUACUACAGGGUCAAAGAUUGCUUACAAUGUCUUGCUCGGAUAAAAUUGCACGUUGGAACAUUGUGGGUAUACAAGGUUCCUUAUUGUCUUCCAUAAUUGAGCCAGUGUACCUGCAUUCCAUUGUAUUGGGGAGUCUGCUGCACCCUGAACAUAUGUAUCGUGCUGUGUGUGGACGAAUAGAAAAGUCUAUCCAAGGCUUGCCGCCGCCAUACCAUUUGAAUAAGCCACGACUGGCAUUGGUCACAUCGGCUGAGCCGCGCAAUCAGGCCAAGGCACCAAAUUUUGGCAUUAAUUGGACCAUCGGAGAUGUUGAAUUGGAAGUGGUCAAUUCGCUGACUGGCCGAACUAUCGGUGGUCAAGUAUCGCGAAUCACCAAGCAAGCGUUUUUUGAUAAAUAUGGAUUUUUAAUGAAAAACUUACCAGGUAUUUUGAACCGCAGUGUAACCACAGAUUACGGCCAGACCAAAGCCAACGUCAAGGAUUAUCAGACGGCUAAACUGGAAUUGUUUAGCGCCUUCAAGCGGGAGGAUCUUGGCAGCUGGCUAAAGAAACCAAUAGAACAAGAUGAGUUCGUUCUUAUCGAAUGACUGCAUUCAGCGAUACUAUAUUUGUUAAAAAAAGACAAAAGCAACGGCAAGCAAUUAAUAGAAUUAGAUCAAAUAGCUUUAAAGACAAAUUGUAAUAACGAUGCGAGUUUGGUGCAAAAACAGCGAAACAAAUUUCAUCUUAACGAGAAUGAGUAUGAGAAUGAAAAUGAAAAUGAGAACCUGCCAACAAUGUGUCCCAAAAUAAUUAAAGGCAAGCACGAGGAUGCUAAUGCUCGAUAUAUGAUACAGGACGAUAACUACGGCUCUAGAAUAUUUAUAGAAUAGAAUGUAGUCUUUAUGCUGGAACUGAGUAAAGGAGUAUUAUGGCGUUUUUUUUAAAUCAAUUCCUUUUAUAAUCAACACACAACGCCCUUCCCCCAACACACCCACACACAAAAUUAUUUUUCACUUAAAAUUGAACCCUCUUGUUGCAUUCUAUGUAACCCUCACUCACAUAGAGCGAAAAAGCCUCUCAGCUAUACAAUAAAAACACACUGUUAAAAUACUUAGAUAUUUUUUUUUUUUUUUUGUAUCCAUAUUUUGAAGAAUGGAGAAAAACAUAUUGUUACAAACAAACAAAGAAACAACGCGAAAAUAACAAUAAUCUAUACAUGGAUCUAGAAAUGAAUCUGUUUAUGAUUAAGUAUAAAUGGGUAAUGUAUGUUGUAAAGUAAUGUUACAACGACAUAAACGAAUAAAUUAAAUUUAAUUAAUUAAUAACAAAACCUUCAGUAGCCUUUAGGGAGAAACAGACGCAUCAUUUCCACGUAUCUUACUUCAGAUCGACCAUUCACAAACUAAGCUUUCACCAAUUUUUGCAAAUGGAAAAAUUACUAUCUACAAUUUGGGUUACAAAAUAGACAAACCAACAAAUAAUCCCCCCGUUUAUCCAAAGUUUCUGUAGAUUUGUUUGAUAGUUACAAAAGUUAGUUUGAAAUACUUAUCUUAUGAAUAUGAAUUAAGAUAGUAAUCAAUAGAUUGGUUAACAGUUUUACAAAAUACAUAUACAUAUUUAAAAGACACGUUUUUCUGUAUUAUUGUAUUGUAAGCAUGAAGCUUCUAAUCUCGUUGUUUAUGUGCAACCAUAGGAACACUCUAUUUAUUUAUCCAAUUUAAGGAGUGGAAAUGCAAAUGCUUACCACAACUUGUGAUUUUUUUUAGCCUCACUGCUUCCGAAAAAUCUUCCAAUAUGUAUAGACUCACACUCCUGCGUCUCUAGUAAUUCAAUAAUUACAAUUUGUAAGCUAAAUAUUUCUACCUUCAAUCUUCCAAUCAGUAGUUGCUGAUGAUAUUUUCUCAGGGGUUUUGUUUAUGGGCCCUGAAACUACAUAUUACUGAGAUACUUAUUGCUGAACAAAUUCGUAAAAACACACAGUUUGAAAAUUUGCAGUCUGAUGACAUUGCUAUGUGCAUGUGCAUAACCAUACCAUACCAUAUAUAGGCCAUACCGUAUAUAGAAAUACAUAGAGUAUGAGAGUACAUUGUGAAAAUGUACUUCAGGAAUUUCAAUAGGCGCAAUUGACAUUCAAUAACGUAAUUAACACGUAUUUUUAAACUACAACUUGCUUGAAAUAAUCUUAAAUGGUAAAUGGCCGUGCCCAAAUACACAGAUAUCCUCCAGUAGGAGGCUUGACAACAAAAUAUUAUUGCUUAACAAAUACAAAAAUGUACUGCUACACAAUACACAGAAGUGAAGAGUAUCACAUGAUGAUUAGAGCAGGGCAAAACACACUUAAUACAGUAACAGUAACACAGUAAGGCCCCUAGUCGGCUUUCCUCUUCGAUUUUUUCUCCACAAACCAAUUUUGAAACACCUCUCUUGCAUGUAUGAAUAGUAUGAAUUAGUAUGAGUAAUGAGUAAUUAAAGAAAAUGUUUAUAUGCGAAUAUUUUGAUA